AUGCUGCAUCCUCUAAGUGAAAAGUGGACUUUCCUCUUUAAUCACUCACACACUGGUCCCUCGUGUCCUUCCUUCGUGUGUUUACUACUUCAGUCCAGAGCUGUGACGCUGAGUCCAAAAAGACCUCCUGAUCCCGGACUGAAUAUGCAUGACGCACCGCUCCGCGCGCACAGAGCUGUGGCAGUUGAACAGUUUCAGCACCGCGUCGGAGAACAGCGCCAUGCGUCUCUGAGACGGGCCGAGCGGCUGGUUCCGAGCCUGCUCUCUGACGGAGAACCCGACGCAGUUCGACAGAAGAAAGACCUCUUUUCAUCUGAGAUCACAUCAUCAUCCCCGAGGUCGCAACAACGUGGGCUCUCCUCUUUUCACCCGCACAGAAAGAUCUGCAGCGAAAAGCGUGGGACAGCUGAUUGUAAAACCGCCUCGAAUCGAUACGGAGCGAGGACUGGGGGGGAGAGGGGGGAGAGAAGGGCCAGAUAUCCCAUUCGUUCUCAAACGUGCGCGGAGAGGAGGCGCACCUGCGGGAGCCUCCUGAGAGGAGACUUUUACAGUCCUGGACACGGAGUGGGGAGUGAGGGGGGGUGGACAGAGUGUGUGAUUACAUGUGAGUGUGUGUGUGGGAAAGCUGGAUGCAUCCGUCUCUUCCUCCCCUGGCACUCCACCGGCGCUCAGCCUGACCGACGACAGCAUGCCAACGGAGGAGCAGAGCGGAGCUCGGUACAGAGUCUCCAUCAGGGGACGGGGGUGAGACGACCUCUGGCUGUGCUCUCACCUGCUCAGCAUCCGCGCAGGACCCGCUUCAUGGGCCCCAGACUUCGCGAGCCUCCCGGGAUGGCGUGCAGCGCGUGUUACUACCUGGUGAUCAGCUCCACUCACCUGAGCAACGGACACUUUCGGCGCGUCAAGGGUGUCUUCAGGGGUCCGCUAUGUCCGACAGCAAGCAGCGACUCACCGGAAUGCACAGAGGGGGCUUUAGGGUGCUCAGUGGAGGAUCUGAAGUCUCUUUUCUACUGCGAGCUGUGUGACAAGCAGUACCUGAGACACCAGGAGUUUGACAACCACAUCAAUUCCUACGACCACGCACACAAACAGAGGCUGAAGGAACUUCAACACCGAGAGUUUGUUCGUAACGUGGCCUCAAAGUCAUGGAAGGACCAGCGCAAGCAGGAGAGGGCUCUCAGACGUCUGCACCAGCUCGCUCAGCUGCAACAGGAACGCCAGCGACUCCCGAGAAUGAGCCAGCAACAAGACAAAGACGUGGACCAAAGACGCCGCUGCUCAGAGGACAAUCCUAAAACCCGGAACCGCUCUCAGCACCAGCCCAGAACUCUUAGCCACGAGCCAGACAUUUCACGUUUACCUCAACCCACCACACCAGAAGACUCCCCACUAACCACGGAGACGUCCCACGCAGACUCUGCUGCAGACCGUCCCCAGUCCUGCCACAGCUUGUGUCCCCAGCUGCCCCUCCUGUCACAGGGGAGAGCGGGAGGACGGCUGGGAGUGUCCUUCUGCUUCUCACGCAGAGGGCCCAGGCUGGAGCCUUCUGCCUCCGUCUUCUCUGACCUCGAGGAGGAGGAGAGGGAGAAGAGGGAACGGAUGAGAGAGCGGGUACGGACAAUGAUGAGGGACAUUGACGGGGAGAUUGGGGAAAAGUCCAGCUCUGACUGUCUUUUACUGAAGGGCAUGCUGCCUGUCUCAGGAGGAGGAGAGGAGCCGACGGGAAAAAUAAACAUCAUUCCUGAAGAUGUUCCUAUUUCCACAUCAGUCCCUGAUCAUCAGAGUCAAAACUUACAGCCGUCGCAGAUGCAGGAGACACUGGACAACACACCAGAGGACAGAGGGACGGAUGGACAGAGGAAGUGUUUUCCUGUGCUUGGGAGAGACGGCUCGGCCCGACUGAGUUGGCCCGUCAGUCUGCUGAAGUUCACAACCUCUGAGCCGCGUAUCUCCUUCAGCUGCAACCCGCUGCGUGUGGACAUCCAGUCGCCAGAAAGACUCACCGAGGAUCUGCAGGACUCACGACCAAAUCCUCCGAGCUCACUCUCGGGUGCACCAGCUGUUCUUCCGCCAGACGCUCGUUCCUGCUCACAAAGACAAGCGAGACGCGAGCUGAGAACACGCAGACGGAGGAGACACGAUGAGAUUUUAAAGCGGGAGCAACACAUCAGCAAGGAGACAGAAGCACAUCUGCUCCUCAGGAACAAAAGCCCUCCAUCAUCUGAAACAAGACCACAACAAGGAGGAUGCACACUAACAGAGGCCAACGGUGAGAGGGCAGCUCCCCAUCCGCCCCAGUCCGCUCCGAGUGACGGCUCUGACACAAACUCCCACAAUCCUCUGGGAGGUAGAUUAGAGGGUGCAGGAGGGAUCGGGAAGAGAGCCAUCACAACCCUGAGCUGUGAAUCAGAGCCUGGCACGCAGGGGACGUGCAUCAGCCCGUCCAGGUGUGAAUGUGGGGGUGAGGCGAUGUGUGCCAGAGCGCCACCACAUGUGGGCGUCCCAAAAGUGGCACGCAAAAACAGGAGCACCAUCUCAAAGAAGCAGGUGAAGAAGAAGAAGGCGAGGAAGGAAAGGGCCUCAAACAAGCGCCAAUCAGCAAAGUGCAAAGUAAGGAGUGUUGUCUCAACCGUGUGCAGAGGAGACGCCAAAGGGAAAUGGGGGGAGGAAAGGAGGAGAGGAGCAACAUGGGUGCCUGGAGCAGGCAGAGACUGUCUCCCGGGGAGAUGUGAGGCGGAGCCGGUGUCUGUCUCUGUCAGGAGGAGGAGGCCUCACAGGAGGCGCACCACUGAGUUCCAGUCACAGCCGGAACGCUCCGGCAUCGACUCCCGGCUCAGCAGACACACGGCAGACAGAGAUACGGGAGGGGGGAGGCAGCGAGACGGAGACGCAGAGACGUUUCCCUGGCGGUCUCACGUCUCCGCUCGCUCCUUCUCACCAGGAUGCAACUCAAAGCUGUGGUGGGAAAGGGGUCACCAUAGCAACCCCAGGAGUUUCAUUGACUGCUGUUACCCUGACAACAGCUGUGGUAGCGGCCCAGCAAAAAAGAGAAAAUUCCUCCACGGGGACAGGAAAUUCAUUCAUGGUGAGGAGAACGGGGAAGUCUGGGAGAGGAGUGGGAGGAGAAGGGCUGGACGCGGCAGAGACAGAAGCCUGGCUUUAGACCCAGCACAGUGGGAGUGGCUGAGAGAGGGAGAUGAUGAGGAGAGCAGGUCAAGAGCAGGACGGGGGAGCAGAGCAGCAGAGUGGGAUCAUGUGGGAAGGUUUAGCCUCAGUCCCGGCAGCUGGGGCAAGAGGCUUGGGCGUCUGAGCGUGGACGAGGUGGACUGGGACAGGAGCAGCGUGGACAGAUGGACGUGGGGCAGCAGUGACAGCUGGGAGGAUCGGGGAACACACAGGUCAGGUGCUGACAUCAGAGACAGCCCAGGCAGCGCGUGGAGAUGUGCCAGCUCCAGAUGCUCAAGUUCAAGACACGUCUCGAGCCCUGAGUGGUGGACGAGCCGGCGCCAGAGCAUGCUGGGAGCACAUGACAGUGGAUGCUUCAGCCCGCGCUCAUGCAGCCCCUGCAGCACCAGCAUGUCCGAGCUGAGCUGUGAGUGGAGCUCAGGAGUCUCCGUGGACAGGCUGGUCGUCAGCUCCUGCAGAGCACCCUCAACAGCUAGCCAAGACUCAGCAGAAACAGGAAAGCCCGGCAGCGCCGUGCCCACAGCCUCCGCCCGUUCCCACCAUGUACUCUCUCCCUCUUCUCCCCGAAGAUCACAACUAAAAGUCUCAAGGCUCAACAUUAGCCAUUGUGACAGAAACGCAUCACCGCUAAAGGAGUCAAGUUCACAGCUGGACCGCGUCCACGAACCUUCUGUUUGUGUCCCAACAAACCGCUCCGACUCAUCUCCACCACAGAAACCAGCCAGGAUGCUGCUGCUACCUCUCAUAGGAAAAUGUCCUGCCAUCCAGAGGAAGGCCAGGAGAGACCAGGGGCUGCAGGAGAAGAGAGGGGGUGAAGCUAAGAGCCCUGGAGACAAUCCUGGCACAACCGCUGACAGUCAGAAAUGUCUCCGGAACGUUGCGGAGUCAAAUCCCAGCAGGUCCCCGAAUCUGUGCCGGACCCAGAUUGGGACUGAUGACAAACGGGCAGGUGGCGGGACCGCUGCACCCAUCAGCUUUUCAGCUGAGGAAAUGGACAAAUACCGAGUCCUGCAGGAGCAGGCGAGGGAGCACAUGCAGAAAGUCCUGGAGAGUGCAAACACACACACGAGCUACACACACAGCCCACACACACACCCUUCAGAGGAGCCGUACACACCUCACACUCCGCUAAUGCACCCUGACCUGAUGCAGAGGCACGUCCAGCACACGUUCCACGUCAGCGUCCCGCUGCAGCAUGCCUCCCCCCAGGACAGCUUCACAGUGCCCAUGGGAGUCCCCAGCCUCCCCCCUCUCCCUCCAUCUCCCCCGCUGUCAAAUCUUCACCCCAUCAUUUUACAACAAGCAGCUUUCUCCAUCACCCCUCCAUCCAGCUCAUCUCCCACUCCUGCUCUCCACCCUCCCUCCCUUCCUCAUCCUCUUCACCUCACCCCACUCUCCAUCUCCUCACUCUUCCCCUCCAUCCUCCUCUCCCAUCACUCCAUCCCUCUCCUCCCCCAGUCCCUGCAUCCGUCCCUCCUCCCCCUGCAGCCUGUGGCCUCCCAGCCUUUCAUGGAGCGGCCGUGGCCUGUGAGGUUCCAGCAGAAGGCCGUAUGAUCCUCACAGCCCAGAGGUCCUCAUCACUGACAGAAAACAGUCUCAUUUAUUUCCUUCUUGUGAAAUUGGGGCCGCGUCGGUGUUCCUGCUGGGAUCAGCUCCAACUCCUGUUCACAUAUGCCUUCCCAGUUGCUCCCACACGUUGAUGCCGACUGUUUUCAAAAUGCUCCUUGGUUUAGCUUCUGCAGCGCUGCAGCCGACAGUGACAAGCAGACUUUGAUCCUUUUGUUGUCAUUCAGGAACAGAAAAAAAGGGAAAGGUACAUCUGCUAUCCAAAGACCAGCCGGGACCGGUGUCGCUGCCUCGGAGCCGGGGACAGAGUGGCAGGACAAGGCCAUACUCCUCCCUUCUCUCCAUCUCAUUCUUCUGUGUCGUGGUAGUUUCCAGUAUUUCUGAAACAAUUAGCUUCACGAACUAUUUUCUACCAUUUUCUUAAUUUGACACGUAUAAAACAAAGUUUUCCUUUGAAGCGUGGUUUUGUGUGUGCCUAACAUGGAGUACAUGGUUUCAAGUAUUCAGCUGUGGGAUGAUUUGUACAUUUAUUAUUCCCCGUUAAACGAACUUCGGUAAUAAAUGUUUUUUCACCACA